AUGGCGCCAAUGAAAAACAAUAAAAACAAUUUUAGUAGUAGUAACUAUGGCGAGGCCGUGGCCCGACAGGUCAAUGUCCUCGCCAGCUGCUACCUUGUUGACCCCUCCGCCUCCCUAAAGGGGCUUCACUACUGCACUACCGGGGCUGCAGGUCUACCAUCUCCUCCAUCAAGUCCCCCCCUCGCGGCCAUCACCUCCUCAAACGAGCUCGCUCUUCAACCUAAGAACAAAAAGCGCAGCAACAACAAUAGCGGGCAAAUCAGCCGCGGCCGUCGAGGGGGGGCAACACUACAGAUCAGGGAAGAAUGUGAGAGGUUCUUCUGUGAGACUAUGAAAGCCGUGUUCCAGGUUGAGUGGAACAUGGCCGGUAAUGGCUCCUGCCUGACUGGUGUUAACAAUUACUCACUUACGCCACCUGAUGACUAUCCUUCGCCUCAAUCUACUUUCUCGGAUAUCGAUGCCAAGACUGGAGUUAAUGUAAAUGGAUGGAUGGAGUUUUGGGACUAUGCUGGAGGUGCUAGCUUCCGAGCCUUUGUUGCGGAAGACGGCGACGAGAAAUCGUUGUUCGCGUUCUUUGACAGCGGACUCGUCGGCCGCGAUCUCAAGCAAGCACUCAUCGCUUUGAUCGAAUUGGCUGAUGGUCCAGUGGGGGCUUCACAUGUCGUCAUUUGCGUAGAUCGCCAGAUGCCUGCCGACUAUGCGAAGGCGUUGAUGAGGAGUCUCCAGUGGGUUGGCUUCGAACUUACUACCCUGGACCAUUGGGCAAAGGACGUGGACGUUACUAGCAACAGAUGGCUGUUCAUGGGUAUGGAAGUCUAGUUGCAGACAUAACGAACGUUGACGAUCGUUAAAUUCGUUUCGAUUCUACUCGAAUUUUAGGGGAUCCUGGACGCCUAUGCAGUGUUUUCGAGGUUGGGUUGCAUUUUGGAGUUGUCGGAAUUAUGCAUGCACGCAUCCCGUCAGUUUGGGCGCAUGGUGUCGUUUCUUUCCACGGUAGCAUUGUGUUUCAUUCGUUCCGCAGGCAAAAGCAUCGGUGUAGAGGUCUAAAUCUCGCGAAUGAGCCGCUUUGCAAAGGCAAUGGUAUAGUAGCAUGUCGGUACUAUCAAUAAAUAACGAACUUCUAUCGUUCUUUUUUCUCUUCCUCCCGCCUCUAAUCCAUCAACGCCUAUUUUGACAAGUGUAAUUA